AUGCGUGCCACCUACCAGCUCAACCAGGAGAAGCUCGACUACAACUACCGCGUGCUGGUGGAGCGCGACACCGAAAACACUACCACCAUCAAGCACCAAAAGCGCAAGCUGACACGGAUGGCGGACGUGCUGAGUGCACUGCGCGCAAAGCACGCGCGAGAGGAAAAGCGCUACAAGCAGGUGC